AGUCGGCGCCUGUUCCCCUUGUUCAAAGCCUCGCAGUCCCCACCUCCCACCCGCCUUAUCACUUCAAAACUAGUAACGUUACAGUCAUGGUUAUUAUUAUAAUAUUAUUAUACUGAUGCAAUGAUAAAAUUAAGUUUGAAUAAAUGUCAAUUUGUCAAAAUUUGAGGGUAUGGGAAAUUAAUGGGUUGCAGCUAUGAGCUAGCUAUAUGUUGGCUUCACCCUCACGUUUCUCCCCUCCCAUACGCCGUCCUCUGAGCUCACCUUCUCAUCCCAAUCUCUCCGGAGCUCAUGGAAGGCGCUGCCAAUGGACGUGUUGACUUCGGGAAGAUGGAUUACGGAUGCAAGCAUUACAGAAGAAGAUGCAAGAUUCGUGCUCCCUGCUGCGACGAGAUCUUCCCCUGCCGCCAUUGUCACAACGAGGCCAAGACCCUGUUGAGCAAUCCCUUUGAUCGGCACGAACUGGUUCGGCAAGAUGUCAAGCAUGUUGUGUGUUCUGUUUGUGAGACAGAACAGCCGGUUGGUCAAGCUUGUACAAACUGCGGCGUUAAGAUGGGAGAAUACUUUUGUGAAGUCUGCAAAUUCUACGAUGAUGAUACUGAGAAAGGGCAGUUUCAUUGUGAUGAUUGUGGGAUCUGCAGAGUUGGUGGUCGCGAGAAAUUCUUUCACUGCAAGAUGUGUGGAUCUUGCUAUUCAGUGGCUCUGCUUAAUAACCAUUUGUGUGUGGAGAAUUCCAUGCGGCAUCACUGUCCCAUAUGUUAUGAGUAUCUUUUUGACUCGCUAAAAGACACGACUGUCAUGAAAUGUGGGCACACAAUGCAUUGCGAGUGUUAUAAUGAGAUGAUGAAGCACGAAAAAUACACUUGCCCUAUAUGCUCCAAGUCAGUGAUUGACAUGUCUGCGACCUGGAAGAGAAUUGAUGAGGAGGUUCAAGCAACUGUCAUGCCUAUUGAUUAUCGACACAAGAAGGUUUGGAUCCUAUGCAACGACUGCAACUAUACGACAGAAGUUUUCUUCCACAUAAUUGGGCAGAAAUGCGGCCAUUGCAAAUCGUACAAUACCCGCACAAUUGCUCCUCCAGUCCCCCAGCGAUGACCAGGCUAUUUAACUGGGGCUGUAUCCGACUAGGCGGCUGUAUUAAAGCUUGCCUGCUUGAGUGUAGGAAGAUUUUUUGCUCCAUGUUCGAGCAUUUUCCAUUGUUUCCCUUAAUAUUUUCAUCUGUGUUUGAUUUAUGAUCUUUGUACCAUCAAAGACAGAUGUAUUCUUCCUCGGGUAUAUGAUUAAACCCAGUCAAAUUACUCUCUGGGUGCAUUCAAAAUAAUAUAGUGUUGCACAACAUUGUUUCCUGGUA